GCUUUUCCCAGGGAGCCGGCGGCGGCGGCUGCCCAUGCCCAUGUAAGUGCUGCGGGGUCUGGCUGGCUGGGGCCGGGCGCUGCGGGUGAGCGCACUCCAUUAAUAGCAACGGGAGAGGACGCCGCCGCUACAACGGAGCUCCUGAGACUGCAGCAAAAAGAGAAAUGCGCUCGGGGGACGACAGUUCCGAGUUGGGGCUGGAGCGGUUCCAAAGCCCGGGCAGGGGCAGGGGGCUGCGGGCUUUGCGCCGCUUCGUCGUGGGCGAGCUGAUCUUCUCCUGCCCGGCCUAUACCUGCGUGCUGACCGUCAACGAAAGAGGAAAUCACUGCGAGUGUUGCUUCGCCAGGAAAGAAGGAUUGUCCAAAUGUGGAAGAUGUAAGCAGGCGUUUUACUGCAACGUAGAAUGUCAGAUACAGCAACAGCAGCUGCUUCUCUCCCCACACCCUUUUCUCUCUGGGACUAGAAGUCUACAAAGAUUGCCAGCACCCCCUCAUUUCCCAGAUAUGGGUAUUUCUUUCUUUUUUCUCCCUCAGGUUAACUGUAAUGGCUUCACCAUUGAAGAUGAAGAACUUUCUCACUUGGGGUCUGCAAUAUUCCCUGAUGUGGCGCUUAUGAACCACAGUUGCUGCCCCAAUGUGAUUGUUACCUACAAAGGGAUUGUGGCUGAAGUGAGAGCGGUUCAGGAGAUUGAACCUGGAGAUGAGAUUUUUACCAGUUACAUUGACUUGUUGUAUCCCACAGAAGAUAGAAAUGAUCGGUUAAAAGACUCCUAUUUCUUUAACUGUGAUUGUAGGGAAUGCAUUACUAAAGAAAAGGACAAAGAUAAACUUGAAAUCCGCAAGGUGAAUGAGCCUCCAUCAGCAGAAGCUGUGCGAGAUAUGAUCAAAUAUGCCAGAAAUGUGAUUGAAGAAUUCAGGAGGGCCAAACAUUACAAAUCCCCAAGUGAACUGCUGGAGGUUUGUGAACAUAGCCUGGACAAGAUGGGCUGGGUGUUUGAAGAGAGCAAUGUGUACAUGCUGCACAUGAUGUAUCAGGCCAUGGGAGUCUGUCUCUACAUGCAAGACUGGGAAGGUGCUUUACGCUACGGGCAGAAGAUUAUCAAACCAUACAGUAAACAUUACCCUUUGUACUCCCUCAACGUGGCCUCCAUGUGGCUGAAGCUGGGGAGACUGUACAUGGGCCUGGAAAACAGAGUGGCUGGUGCAAAAGCUCUGAAAAAGGCAAUUGCUAUCAUGGAGAUAGCACAUGGGAAAGAUCAUCCAUACGUUAUAGAGAUCAAAAAGGAAUUAGAGGCCCACUGAGUCUUUGAAUCUAUGCAAUCCUUCAACCUUUCUUUAAAAGCCUUGCUAUGGAAACAUCGGGAGUGCUUUGAAAACUGACAUGGGAUAAAAGCUUUUCUGUAAAAUAAUUGGAAUGACAAACAUGUGGUGCACUUAGGCCUUGCCUCUUGCAUUCUCUGAGAUUUGUGAAGUAACUUGAGCCUUGACAAAUUAAUUUUUGAAUGUUUUUUUAAGAAGGAAAAUGCCACAGUUUCAUAUAUUUAACGCCUUUGAUCACGUGCAGAGCUGACCAGUUCUUGUUCCCUGCAGAUUUUAAUGUAUUAUGUAUCUUAGUCAGUUAAUUAAAUUGGGACAACCUUACUAAAGCCUGCUUGCUUGUUUGCCUCUUAGCUGAGUGCUAUUGUGAAAUUGCUUUUAGUUCCCAACAAAGUAGGACCUGUGCCCUAUUAGGGUUUUUUUUAAAAAAAAUAACUUUUGUUUGUGAGCACUUGUGAACUCUCAAGCCAACAUGUGGUAUGAACUUUGCUCUUGCUUACAGUAUGCCUCUCAAGUAUAAAAUCUCAGGUUGAUUGUCCAAUUUAUGUUAAGAGUGUCCCUGCAAAGCUAGUGAAUAUGCUGCCUCGUAGCCAAUGUAUGGAAUAUCUGUAUGUUUCUAGUGUGUUUAUGAACCUUCAGGAAUAAAAAAAACCCUUCAGGCUUGAGGGACUUUUCUCCCAUAA